AUGGAAAGAGCAUGCGGAUCGAAUGCUGAGAACAACCCACUGACUCGCGCACCUUCGACAGAUCGUAUCAACACAGAUAUCUCUCAGUUGCUACAGCGGUUCGAGAAUAUCAUGGCUACAGCCACGGUGGACAAUCCUAGCUAUACAUCCACCGCCGUGGAAACAUAUCAACUCGAUGUGGAGUCAACAGCCCUGAUCCGCGCUGCUGAGGAUAUUCUCGCUCUGACCCGAACUAUGAAGGAGACAUGGUUGUUUGGCAAGCUCGACACGCUCGGCGAGGAUGCUCGGGAUGUGCAACGCCGCGAAAAGCUUGAAAAUGAUGUCCUUGCGGUGCAGAAGGCUGUGGAGGGGGGCGGACUAUCGAAGUUGUCUCCCGGGGAAUAA